AGAGCCCAAAAUUUAACAGACAGUGGUGGCAGUUGAGAGUAUUAUGUCAUCCUCUUUUUGCUUCUUAAUUUAUCCCAACACAACACUACCUUUUCUCUGACUUCUCUGACAUCCCACCACUGUCCCCCCCACUCUCCUCUUUCCUAUCUUUGCUUUCCCAUUAUUAAACAUCAACACAACACCCCACCUUCCUCCUCCUCCCUCUCUCUCUCUCUCUUCAUUUCCUUUUCUCUUUCUUAAGUUCUCACAAGUCCUGAUGAUCAGCUGUGUACUAAAAUUGCACCAAACUAGGCAGAUGCAUCUCUACAAUUUAAGUGCACAAGAAGAUAAAGCCUUCAAGGGAAAUUAAAUUCAAAUCAUGAAAUCACGAGCCUUUGAUCUGGAAGUAGAGACAUUCGAUGAAAAUGACUCAGACAUCAGCAGCCAAGUUGCCUCCAACAUAACCAUCUCGGACAGCCUCACCGUCUCUCCCCACCUCACUAAUUCCUUACCAACUGAACCAAUUUCCCUCGACUUAACUCUCUCCUUUAACUCAAGCAAUGAUGAUUUAGCAGGAAGGGACUCAAUAGGAAUUUCAAUAUCAAGCACAAGUGAGAGUAGCAACGAGAUUGUAUCCCGAACUGCUGCUUCAGCCCUUCCACGCGUUUUUCCUUGCAAUUACUGUCAGCGGAAAUUUUUUAGUUCACAAGCCCUUGGCGGCCACCAGAACGCACACAAGAGAGAGAGAACACUGGCAAAACAAGCCAUGCGAAUGGGAAUUUUCUCGGAAAGGUAUGCCAGCUUGGCAUCUCUGCCUCUCCAUGGAUCAUCAUCAUUUAGGUCCUUAGGAAUCAAAGCACAUUCUUCGGUGCACCAUAGCUUUGUACCACAAGUUAGGCCAUUUGAUUUUAGAAGCAGUGUGAGAUUUGAACAAGGGCACACGGGUCAUCCAAUUUUCAUGGAGGAUGAAGAGGCCGGGCUGUUGUGGCCUGGUAGCUUCCGACACAUAGAUGAAGAACAAGUCACUCAUCCAAAUAUAAAUUUCUUCGAGGCAAGUCCAUCGGUGGACAUAGAUGAACCUGCUCCAGAUCUCACACUGAGACUUUGACUAGUUUAUUAUGCUGCAAACAGCUUCAUUGUUCUGCUAUUUUAUCUUCUCUGUGCUGCAAGAUACACUUCUUGUGUUCUGUUUUUUUUUUCCCCCCCCCCCCCCCCCCUUCACUUUUGUAUCUUGAUUUGUAUGUUUUUUGCAGAAGAUAAGGUUUUUACAAGGUUUAUUUGGUGAUCCUCUUCUUGCUAUGAUAUAUAUUAGUAUUAUGCUGUUUGAUA